AUGGCAGACUCUGACUAUAGAGAAGAUGACAAUCCUGAACUCAUUUGACCUCUGAAAUUAAUCAAUCUUGUCAAAACGUCCAGGAACCAUCAAGAUCUUCACAAAGAGCUUAUGAAUCAGAAAAGGGGUCUUGCCCCUCAGAAUAAACCAGAAUUUCAGAAAUUCCUGCAGAAAGUGAUGGAAAAGAAGAAAGGAAACCAAGUAAUAAAGCACAAGUACAAGAGCACAAAAGAAUCUGACCUGGAAACUGAACUAUGAAGACAGUAGCCGACGUUGCAGCAGCUUGAACUGCAGAAGUAGAAAUUGCAAGAGCAAGAAAACACCCCCGAGUUUGUGAAGGUAAAAAGCAACAGGACUGGACAAGAAGUUUUGCAAGCCCAAGCUAUGUGUGAAGAUGCCUCCUCAGUGCUUAAUCUCAAGGCAGAACCCCUGGAAAAGUACGACCAGCAGAAAUUUUUCCCUUAA